AUGCGGAUCUUCGUCGCGUUCGUCCGGAACUCUGACGGCGCAUGGCACAUCUGGUGCUUUUGCGGCGGUCUCUACCAAGGAGGUGUAUGGAAGGUUAGGGUAGAACUGCCCGAUGCGUAUCCUUACAGGUCUUCGUUGAUUGCUUUUGUUAAUAAGAUAUAUCACCUGAAUGUCGAUGAACUGUCUGGUUCCGUCUGCUUGGAUGUCAUUAACCAGACAUGGAGCCCAAUGUUUGAUCUUGUCAAUGUGUUUGAAGUCUUCCUUCCACAACUUUUGUUAUAUCCAAAUCCUUCUGAUCCAUUGAACGGAGAAGCUGCUGCGCUCUUGAUGCGUGAUCGCCCUGCUUAUGAGCAAAAAGUGAAAGGUGAUUAUAUUAAUUUAACACACAUCUAUAGUCAUUUUUUUAUCCAUUGGAUUAUCUUUAGGCUCCUUCCAAACUAGUAUAAACAGGGAAUUCAUCUCUUUCAUAGACAUGGUGGCCUUGCACCCUGACUUGUCUUCUUAGCUUACAAUGCCGAGUUCAUCUAGACAAUAACC